UAUCCAAACAAAUGAAUGUGUUCAACCCUCACUCUUCUCUCCUUCUUCCCUCACUCUCUCUCUCACUCAGAUCCAGGCAAGAGUUCAUGGAGAUGCAAUGACAAUCUGAUUGUGAUUCGUUUUCCGAUUAGCAGCAACGAGGAUAUGGAUUUGUUCUGCGGAGAGUGUUUCUCCGGCGAAUCAACGGCUGAGUUCUCGUCGGAGGAGGUUGAAUCAUGGCCUGAUGAUUCAAUCGCGAGCUGUAUAGAGGACGAGAGGCACUUUGUUCCAGGACUUGACUAUCUCUCUAGGUUCCAUUCUCAAUCUCUCGACGCUUCCGCUAGAGAAGAGUCCGUCACGUGGAUACUCCAGGUACAGGCGUAUUACAGCUUUCAGCCUUUGACGGCGUACCUCGCCGUUAACUAUAUGGAUCGGUUUCUCUGCGCUCGCCGAUUACCGGAAACGAGUGGUUGGCCAAUGCAACUUUUAGCAGUGGCAUGCUUGUCUUUAGCAGCCAAGAUGGAGGAAGUUGUUGUUCCUUCUCUUUUUGAUUUCCAGGUUGAAGGAGUGAAGUAUAUAUUUGAAGCAAAGACGAUACAAAGAAUGGAACUUCUUGUUUUGGAUGUUUUAGAUUGGAGACUAAGAUCUGUUACACCCUUCAGCUUCCUCAGCUUCUUUGCUUAUAAGAUCGAUCCUUUAGGAACCUCUCUCGGGUUCUUUCGCUCCCAUGCCACAGAAAUUAUACUCUCCAACAUCAAAGAAGCGAGCUUUCUUGAGUAUAGGCCAUCGAGCAUAGCUGCAGCUGCGAUUCUUUGCGUAGCCAACGAGCUCCCUUCUCUAUCCUCUGCUGCAAAUCUCCACGAUAGCCCUGAGACUUGGUGUAACGGAUUAAGCAAAGAAAAGAUCGUGAGAUGCUACAAGCUGAUGAAAGCAAUGGCGAUAGAGAAUAACCGAAGAAAUUCACCAAGAGUGAUAGCAAAGCUUAGAGUGAGCGUAAGAGCAGCAUCCACUCUGAUGAGGCCAAGUGAUGAAUCCUCCUCCUCAUCAUCUUCUCCAUCUAAAAGGAGGAAACUAAGUGACUACUCAUGGGUAGGUGAUGACAAAUCCAGCUCUGAAUAGACUCAGGGGGAAGUAGAUUUAUGACAUAUGAAGUACAUAGUUAAUAAUAAGUUGGGGUGGUUAAGAUUAAAAAGAAAAACAUAAUUAGUGGGUUGGUGAGAGUGUUUCCAUCCAAAGCGGAAGGAAUAAGAGUUUAAUGAAACAUUGUUUGCUUACAACUUUUAUGGGAAGGUAAGAUUUGGGGUUAGUUGGGAGAGACAAUGCUCAUCAUUAAUGACUUUGCAGAUUCCCAAUGAGAAGAAAGUAAAAAAAAAUAUAUAUGAAAAAGUGAGUGAAUGUAGACGACACACGUGUGAGAGGAAUAUCAUGUGUGUGUGUGAGUGAGAAGGGGCACAUGAUACAUUACAGUCACAGGUAGUGGUGUUGAUAAGACGGGGGAGCGUAUGAAAAAGAUUUUGAGUGAAAGCUUGAAGAUUUCAGACUGAGAGAGAAGCCUUUGUCUUAAUGGAUCGCAGCAGUUUGUGGGCCCUAAUAAGCACCUUUGCUAGUAUAUACACUAUUUGUUUUUUUUUUAUUCGUUUGUGUGCCGACUGCAUGUGCCGGAGGCGUGUGUCGCACGUGUUUUUGUUUGUUUCUUUCUCUUCAAAUCUUUUAUUUUUGGCGGGAAGUUUUGUGUUUUGAUUUA